AUGCAGAAUGAGCUUGGAUUGUCAGCUACUGCAUUAGGUAUGAUCGAUACUUGUUUCUUAUCAAUGUACGCUUUAGGACAGUUUGUAAUUCCAUCAUUACUUAUAAGUUCUAGUGUAUCUAGCAAACGUGCUAUAUUAUUAAUGUAUUUCUUAUUUGGUACAGCUUCUAUCAUAUUCGGAAUGUCUUCAAGUAUAUCAGUUUUUAAUAUUUUAUGGAUUAUCUGUGGAUUAAGUCAUGCAGCUACAUUUCCAUUGCUUGCCACAAUUGUAAAUAACUGUUUCGCUACGGAAAAUAGAGGAAAAAUGAUUGGAGCCUGGUCAACAUCGCAGCAAGUCGGAUCUGUAUUAUCAACAACUGUUGCUUCAUUUUUAUUAAGUCAUUUUUCAUGGAGACAUGCAAUGAUAGUUCCUGGGAUCAACUCUAUUAUCAUAGGUUUUUUAUUCUAUUUUCUUUACGAUAUCGUCAAAGUUAGCACUCUGUCCAAAAAAGAUGGUGAAGCAAAUACUCGAAAAAUUAAAAACCAUUCGAAUAGUUUAGGUUUCAAGAAUUUAUUUAGCUUUGUUUGUAAUGCUGAAAUUAACAGUUACUAUAUCACCGCUGCUCUAGCUUACGCUAAUGGAAAACCCCACAUAGGGCAUGCAUACGAGUUUUUACUAGCUGAUACAUUAGCCAGAGCUCACGAAGUUUUGGGAGAAGAUGUAUUAUUACUCGCCGGAACUGAUGAACAUGGAGAAAAGGUCGCUAACACAGCACAGACUAACAAGAAAACACCAAAGGAUUGGGUAGAUGAAAUAAUUCCUCACUAUUACGAACUUAUUUCUAAUCUUGGGAUUUCCAAGAUUUCUUUUGUUCGAACCACUGAUGAAUCGCAUGUAACGUUCUGCCAACAUUUGUGGAACACAGUUUUUAACAAGGGUUAUAUUUACUUGUCACACUACGAAGGUUGGUAUAACACCAAAGAAGAAACUUACAUUCCUGAGUCAGAAGCCAAGCUGCACAACUACCAGUGCCCAACCACCGGAACAAAAUAUCUUAAAAAAUCAGAAGAAUGUUAUUUUUUCCGACUAGGUUUAUUCAAAGAUCGUUUACUCGAACUGAUUGCAAAUACAAACUUUGUUCAGCCUGAACAAAUAAGAAAUCAACUGAUUAAUAGGCUAACUUCAGAUGAUCUGCUUGAUCUUUGUGUUUCAAGGUCAUCUAUUACAUGGGGUAUACCCGUGCCCAACGAUCCUGCUCACGUCAUGUAUGUGUGGUUUGACGCACUCUCUGGGUAUAUCAGCGGGUUAAAUUAUCUAGACAAAGACUCUAACUUAUCAAAAUACUGGCCUGCCUCAAUACAUUUGAUUGGGAAGGAUAUCAGUUGGUUCCAUUGCGUAAUCUGGCCUGCAAUGCUCAUGGCUGCUGAUCUCCCUUUGCCAAAGCAUGUAUUGACUCAUGGCUUUAUUUUAGAUUCCAAAGGUUUGAAAAUGAGUAAAUCUUUAAACAACAUAAUUGACCCUGCAUCAUUAUUUUCAUUGUACGAAGCAGACUGCAUACGAUGGUAUGCAAUAAGAAAUACUAACUACGGAGGUGACAUAAAAUUUUCCUACGAAUCAUUGGAACUGAUGAACAACUCAGAGCUUUGUAAUUCCUUCGGAAAUUUAGUACAUCGAGCCACUUCGUUAGCACAGAAAUGUUUUAACGGUAUCAUACCCGAUUGUCCACGAGACUUUAUUAUUGAUAUUGGUGAUGCCCUAGAAAGAGCAAAGCAUAUAAUCAAAAACAACGCUAUCUCUCAACUAGCGGAACUAAUACUAACUAUGCUACGUGUUACAAAUAAAUAUUUGGCCGAUAUGGCACCUUGGAAGUUAAAAGAUGACCAAGACCAGAAAAAUAAAAUUAUAGUCUCAUCAUUAGAGGUGAUUUAUGUUAUAGCUCAUUUCUUGUAUCCAAUUUGUCCAAGUUCAGCUUUAACUAUUUUCAACAAAUUAAGCACACCGAAAAAAUCGCUAGCAGACUUAGAUUCACACAUUAAUCUAACUACAGGAACAACGAUCUCAGUUGGAGAAAUAUUAUUCAAGCAGAUAAAAGUAAAAAAUAAUUAA